AUGGAAAAAGCAUUUGAUACUCUUGAUUCUGUUGGUCCUGGUGUUCGGGCAUGGCGAUUCAAGGUUCGAAUUCUUCGUUUGUGGAAUCUGUAUUCUUUCGCAAAACCUAAUCAACUUAAUUCAAUUGAGAUGGUACUUAUUGAUGAAAAGGGUGACAAGAUUCAUGCAACUGUUCCUCCCCAUUUGUUGAAUUUGUUUCGUUUCAAACUCAAUGAAGGUGAUGUCUAUAGGUUGUUUUAUUUCAAAGUACAUAAGGUAUCUGGUCUUUACCGCACAACUCCACACCCCUAUAAACUUAUCUUCCAGUUGAAAACAAAGGUUCAAAGCUGUGAAAAUAAUGGUAUAGAUCGAUUUGGAUUGUCACUAAGUAAUAUUCGAGACAUAUGCAAUCGUACUUCUGGUCAUGAGUUUUUAGUUGAUGUUGUUGGGUUGAUCACUGGUAUUUCUCCUCCUAAGGAAUAUGUUUUUUGUGGAAAGAUUACUCCCAUGAUUGUGUUUGAGAUGGCUGAUUAUAGUGGAAAGUGUGAAUGCAUUAUGUCCGGUGAUGAUGUUGGUGAUCUUGAGAAGAUGCUUGGCUGUGGUGAUAAUGGAUUACCUCUUAUGAUAGUUCAGUUUGCGAAAAUUAGAAAUUUUAGAGGAAAUGUUGCUAUUCAAGGUGUGUUGAGCACAAGGUUUUAUGUUAAUCCUUCAAUACCAGAAGCUAUUUCUUUCAAGAAUGGUCUUCCUAUUGAAGGUGUUGAAACAUUGUCUUCCAUUCCUGCUUUUGGGUUUCAACCUAAGCCAGCUUUUGAGGAUGAUUUUUUGGUUAAUUAUCCCAAAAUUUCCAUAGUUAAUUUACUUGAAAGUGUUGAAAACGGUAUUUAUGUUGUUGGUGCUACUGUUGAUGGAUUGGUCGAGGGUGAGGAUUGGUGGUAUCCCGGAUGUAGUUGUGCUAGAAUAGUUUCUGCUGACUCUGGUGCAUUUUAUUGCAAGCCAUGCACAAAACGUCCUUUUGAAAUGGUUCCAAGGUUUAGGGUAAAGCUCAAGGUUUGUGAUGGAUCUGGGCAAGCUAUUUUCAUUGUUUUUGAUGAUGAUAUGUGUUGGUGUUUUGAUUGA